AUCAGCUGCUAUAGAAAAAAUUAUGAUUUAAAAAUAUAUACGUCCAUAAAUUCAAUAUUAGAUUUUAUAUCUGCAUUGCAUAAAUAUGACAACUAAUUUGAGUGUAAUUGAAUAUUAUGGUGAACAAAAUAGAAAAACUUGUGGCUAUUGUAAAGGAAGUAAAUCUUGUUUUAGCCAUGGAAUGCAUGCCUAUGCUAUGACAACUCAAGAUUACCAAGAUCUCAUAGAUCGGGGAUGGCGUCGUUCGGGAGAGUACUGCUACAAACCUAAUAACAAAAUUACGUGUUGCCCAAGUUAUACAAUUAAAUGUGACACUGAACAAUUCAAACUCUCAAAAUCUCAAAAAAAAAUCCUUAAAAGAAUGAGCAAGUUUUUAAAAGAUGGAAUAAAAAAUGCAAGUGGCGAAAGUUCUUCUAAGGUCGAUGCUGUCGAAAAUUGUGAUUUACCAAAUGAAAUAGUUGAAAUACCAGAUAUUGCAAGGCGAGAAAUUAACAGCGAAGAUAUAGCUAAUGUUACGAAACAAAUAAAUCCAACGUGCGAUAUAGCACUAAAACGAUUUAAAUACAACGCGAAAGAUUUUAACCCCAAAGAAAAUAAUGAAAAAAGCGUUACAGAUUUAAACAAAGAUCAUAUUAAAAAACCAAGCAUGAAAGCCAAACAAAUUCGGUUGGAAAGGAAAAAGGCAAAACUGGAAAGUAGAGGAUUAUCCUUAGAAAGUGAAAGAAGUAAGUUGAAAAAUCAGGAAAAAUCUUUGAACGACUUCAUCCACAACCCUUCUGAAAGUGAUCGUCACAAAUUAAAAUUGAAAUUAGUUGAAUGCAAAAGCAGAGAAUGUUUAAGUCAUUUGAGAGAGACCUAUGCCUUAUACGAAAAGUAUCAAACAAUAAUUCACAAUGACCCACCCGAAAGUUUAACAGAUUUUCUUGAGUUUUUGCAAAAGUCACCAAUUAAGAACUAUAAACCAGAAAACGGGCCUGCAGACGGGUAUGGGUCGUUUCAUCAGCAGUAUUGGUUAGAUGAUAAAUUGAUUGCAGUAGGUGUUGUUGACAUUUUGCCAUAUUGCGUGAGCUCUGUAUAUUUCUUUUAUGAUCCUGAUUAUAGUUUUCUAUCUUUGGGUACUUACGGAUCCUUAAGAGAAAUCGAACUAGUUAAAAAGUUGUCUGAAACUGUUCCACUGUUGAAAUAUUAUUAUAUGGGAUUUUACAUACAUUCUUGUCCAAAAAUGAAAUAUAAAGGAAAGCUAACAGCAUCUUAUCUUCUUUGUCCUGAAAAGUAUUCUUGGCAUUUACUUACUGAUGAAAUAAAAGAAAAAUUGGAACAAAAAAAAUAUCAAGUUUUCAAUAAUGAUGUCAAUUUCAAGGAUGAAGAGGAAUUCACUCGCAACGAUUUAAAUGAGGUUUUAAUUCUAUUUCAAAAGAAUUCAUACGCAUCUUAUUUGGAAUUCAAACAAAUUAAAAGCAGAAAUUACGAUAGAGAAAUUUUAGAAUAUGGAAACCUCGUCGGAAAAUCUUGUGCACAUCGAAUGUUAUUUUUGGCUUUUUAGUUAAAAUAAUUGUAUUUGAUUAAUUUAGUGAAACAAAAAAUAAUUAAAUGGUAAAUUAACCAUUUAAUUGUCAUUAAAUCUAUUAUAUAAAUAAAUAUACUUAAAUUGCGUUAAUAUUGAUU